CUUGGAACGGGCGUUUGAUCCCUUCGACACAUCUCUAUGAACCGCUGUUGGACGAUCCUGGCGAUCGCAGCAGUCCUUUACGGGCUCUGCGGAUCGCCGACACGCUGCGACGCUGUUCCUACCGCAUCCCCGACCGAAGAGACUGGUACCACACUCGUGGUGUCAGACACCUCCAAUGCCAAUCACGUGAGCGAACAGCCAAUCCAAAACAGGACACGCUCUGUCUCAAGGAUCAAGAGAAACGACGCCCAAAACACGAAUCUGACGACCCUCCCGCUAAAUAUCGCGUCUGGGAUCCUUAAAUUACCCAGAAAAGUGAUCGGAGCGAUGAUUCAAGCGAUUCGGCAACUUAUUUCGAGAAUCCAGGCAACAUUCCGACGAUGGAAUCCGUUUUACUCAUGGAGCGUGGACACGAUCGACACCUCUGCAAGACUGCGGCGAUCGGCGCCGGGACUGGUAGGGGAAAUUCAGAGAUUCGUGUUGGAUCCCAGCGAAAUCUCGAUCGAUCGGUUGCAAGAAUGGUUCUCGACGAUGAAGAACCAAAUCGAGGGACACCCAUCCGACAAGAAACGACGAAGCACGCUGACGUGGCUAGGGGGAGCGUUGUUGGGUGUGCCGAGAGCGAUCGUGCAUCCCGUGGAAUUCUUACAGAAAUCUGUGACCGAUACGCAAAAUUUAAUUCUCGGGGGAAUGGAAAACGUCGCGUCGGAAGGGUUGCGAUUGUUAUGGAGAUUCUUAUCGACCACGGGUAUUCCGUGGUUGCACGAUUUUCUCAACAGGCUCGAAAAAAUGGACAUUCUACCGCCUACGGCUGUCACCUUCAUAGAACAAUUUAACACCUUUUACGGGCUUCUACAGUUUCUCGGUUACGUCCAAUAACACCGAGCACAUUCUCUCCGAUUGUCUUCAGAGUUUCGGAUCUGAGCUUAACGUCAAGAACCCGUGGAUGUAUGUAAUGUGGCCACGUCGUGCAAGCCUUUUCUAUUCUGUUCUGACGAUGACAAAUCGCGAAACCUAGACGGUGUGCUUCCAAUUCCAAAUAAAAAAAAAAAAACUAUCGUGCAACAACGAAUCCGUGGUUCGUCUGAACUUCUUCUUUCGGUCGUUUGCCUCUUUUAUCCAGCGAACGGAAAUACGUCGAGUUUCGUUCAACGUGCGAUAGUCAUAAUAAUAUAGAUAUUACAGACUCUUCUCAAUUAUCGUCUCAUUGUUCUACACGAUUAUUGUCCAGGCGUUAU